UAUCGCCGGGUGGUUUGGAGAGGGGUGUAGCUGAAUGGCAUACAGUCGUGCCGAGUCAGUUGUACGAGCGACUCACUGAAGCUCGCACAGUAUUAGUCGGAUCAUCAGCGCGUUUGUCACGUAUCAUAACAUCUUGUGCCGGCUUUAUAGAAAACGUUGGAUUCAGUUAACUUUAAAGUUUAACAAUUCGCGGAUGGGACUCUAUCGUCGGUUGUCAUUGAGACACCUGAGCUCGUCUAUGACAAUGCCGGAUACGUGGAUUAAACAGGUUAAUAAAAUAAGUAGAAUUUAUAAACGCAGUAGCAGCAGUGACACGUGAAAGACAACGGUAGUGGUUAUGGUGUUCAAUGGUUUUGCAAUGUGGAUGUUGACUGUUGUGGUCGCCUUCGUGGCGAGUAUAUCAGCAUGCACCGGUCCCUCUGAAUGUAGCAACAACACAAUAAGCAGAAAUGCCUCCGAGUCAUUAAAUAAUAUCGAGUGUUUGGAUAGGCUGACUACUGUGAUCGGUGAUCUUUCGGCUUGUGAGUGCCACAUUUGGUCACGAAACGACACAAGUACAAUACUUGAGGUCAAGUGCCUCGAGGGUAUACCCGUGAUAGACACACUCCCUGACAAUGUUCAAAGUUUAGUUAUUCAGAGGGCCGAUGUCGACCAGGUGACAAGCAUGUUCAGGGAAUUGGAGAAUUCCUCAUUGAUAUGUCUGAGUGAGCUUACUGUUGUGAACGUAUCAUUAUCGGAAUCCAAUAUUACCCUGCCUCAUGUAUGUGGACUUGUUGUGUUGAAUAUAUCUGGUAAUGAUUUAGUGGACUUGAGUGACGUGAGAUUAGCCAAUGACAGUGAUUUAAAAAUAUUGGAUUUAUCAAGCAAUCAACUGAGUGAAUUACCAGCUAAUGCAUUUAGGACGCUUACCGGUUUAGUGCAUUUACGUUUACGGAAUAAUAUUAUUGACACAGUGAAUGAGGAUGCAUUUGCUGGGUUGGAGGCACUGGAAAAUCUGGAUGUGUCGGAUAAUCGUUUAACUCAACUGCCAGAUGCAACAUUGACACAUCUGUCGUCACUGCAAACUUUGAACCUCAGUGGAAAUCAGUUGAAAAUCCUUGGAGCGAGAUGGUUUGAGGCACUCGGUCGUUUGAGAGAGUUGGACGUUUCGAGAAAUGGCUUGACCAAAGCAGCAUCCGGAGCGCUGCAGCCAUUACCGGGUCUCUCAGUACUUCGAUUGGCUGAGAAUCCUCUCAUGGAACGUGACGUCUCAUUACUGCUCGGCACCGGAAGACGUUUAGAGACUGUUGAUGCAUCGCGCACUGGCCUUCUACGAGUUCCAGCUGCUCUCACAAGGAGCGUUAGAGCACUGCGGCUGGCCGGUAACAAGCUCACGUGCAUCCGGGAUGGUGACUUUGAUGGCUAUCCGCUGUUGAAAAUUCUCGAUCUAUCUGACAACUUGCUCAACGUUGUCGAGGAGGAUUCGCUUGGUCGACUAGAGACACUUGAGGAGUUGGACUUAUCAGGAAAUAGAUUGAAGUUUAUGCCAAAGAGGUUACCCAGCAGUCUUAUUUAUCUCAACUUACGUGGUAAUCUCAUUGAAGAUGUGGCAUUCAACGAUCUCGAUGGAAUUGAUAGUAUACACAGCCUCAUGUUGGAUGACAACAUGAUAGAGAAUAUCGAGGAGGGUGCGUUAAGCCAACUGCCUCACCUAACAGAGCUCGAUAUAUCGAAUAAUCCAAUUAAGCAACUACCAGCAAAUACUCUCGCCGGCCCAACAAGCCUAACCAAGCUACGUAUGUCGGGGUUGAUACAACUAGAAUGGGAACACGAGAGACGUGGCGACAUGGCAUUUCCUGUACCAACACCGGAACGUCUUAUUUACCUGGAUGUCUCCAACAGUCCGGCAUUAGCUGCUCAACUACUCGCUGACAAUGCAGCAUUAUCUGCCUGCAAGAGUUUGCUCGUUCUAAACUUAGCCAACACCAAUAUCACAAACAUCAGAUCUGAUCUUGUCUACCUUCUACCACAACUGCAAACACUCGGUUUGUCUGAUAACCAGUGGAACUGCAGCAGUGAUCUUUUUUGGUUGGGCGAAUGGAUUAGACAGCACGAAGAGAUACAACCACCUGCUAAGUGCAAUUCCACUGACGAAUUUACCGACACUCAACUCGAGGAUUUACCACCACCACCAACAACAACAACAUCAACUACUGUCAGUACAACAAUUGCGGAUUCAUCGGAUAACUUGAGAAUCGAGGUCUUACCAGGUAUCGGUGUGCCAAAUGUGUCUUCCAAAAGUGGUAGUGUGAGAGUUACUACUGAGUCAAUGAUGAAGGGAAUUGUGAAUGUCACGACAGUUGAAAUCACAACGGUUGAAACACGUCAGCACAAGGUUCAUUCUGCUGAAUUAGGCGCAGAUAAUGAAUCCCCGGAUGAAACGUCUACAACUUCACAGACUAUAUUUGUUGGAGUUGGUGAUUCCCGUCAGCUUAAAUCAGGGAAAAAGCCCCAGUCUAUCAUGGAUAAUGACAAAGCCUACGACAGGGGUGAAAUUACGCGAAAAUUCGACAAAACUGGAAGCCGGAAAAUACCGGACUCCGGAAAGUUCAUCAGUGCUUCAUUUGUGGAGCGUCACAAGCUGCGAGAAAUUCUCGAUAAUCGGGUGGAUUCUCUGAUGAGGCCAACGGCAAGUGUUCCCAACAAAAGUGGAAUUUACACGACAACUGGAAGUGAUAGUUUCAAUAAUGUUCCAAAGCCACGGAGUUCCAACAAAAUUGCAUGGGAUUCCAGGACGCGCGGCAAUAUUCCUACAACGAACAAUGUCGUUCAACUUGUGGAAGAUAAAACGAAGAAUACACCGCAAAAUUACAUUCUCGCGAAUGCCAUUGCCAAUACAAUUGCCCAAGAAUUGAAUGGGCGUGCAACAGAAACAGAUGCAAGAAUAUCAGAGCCUAUGGGUGCUCAUCCUGGUAUGUUAGUACUUGCUGGCGCUAUUCUUGGUGCAGCUGCUGCUCUCACUGUUGUUCUGUCACGUCGGGCGACAAUACGACGUCGAGACAGGUACCACAGACAUGAGAAUAUCGAAGUGCACACAUUGACACCCACCACUGAACUAUGGUGACCUUCUUUGACGGGUGCUGAAGCCUGGAAUUUCGAAUCGAUGUGAAGGUAGGAAGAAAAAUGGUCAACAAGUUCUUGCUGAAGACAGCCAUUUGGGGUGAGAGAGUAUGGAGGAGGAAGCCUGAAACCCAAGUUUGCGCAUUAAUUCUCGAUGUGAUGUUGCAAGAACUUUAUGAGGCUGUAUAAAUAUGGAAUUGCGUUCUGUUAUUUUUGGAGGGAGCGAACAAGCAACCACCGUCGUCGAGUGAUGGAGCAACUUGGAAUCAACAGUGGACAAAUUACCAUAAAUCGCAACAACAUCAACUUCGCGUCGGGAUAAUUGAGCGACAUUGUGACAAUAACAUAAUUUUCGGUUGAGUGACGAAAUCUUUUGCUAGACGGAAGAGUAGCAGAGUUGGAAUAGCCAUUACUGGAUGGUGGAAAGGGAGUAGAGGGGGGAGAGAAUGAAGGGAAAUGGGAAGGAUGGAGAGGGUGGAAAUGAGAAAGUGUGAAAUAGUAAACUCUUGAGACAUGGGAGACACCUUCUGUCUCUCUACCGGGGACAUGUGCCAGGAAAAGGGACAAAUGAAACAAAAGAAAGCUACAGAACAGUGUGAAGCGAAAAAACUCAUUACCUGAGAAUUAAUUUUUUUUUGUUGUCAGAAAUAACCUUUUGACUGAAAGAGCUAGGCCAAUUUUGUUUUUUUUUUUCAUUUUCAGUGCAGUACACCAAUUUGCACAGUGAGAAGACUCAUGCUAGCAUGAGUUCAUAUGGCUGAUGAAAAAAAAAAUAUAAAAAAAGUGAAAAAUGAUAAUAUUGAUAAUAAGCAAUGAAGAGGGUAGAUAUUAUCUUUCGUAAAAAUAACCCGUGUCAAAAUACCG